AAAUAUUUCCGUAGGUGUGUGUGGUUACAUUUCGUUUGUUUCGGAUCUAAUCUAGAUCUAGAUGUAAACAAGAUGGCAUCGACGCUGGAUUCACAACUUGGAAGAGAGUUAGAGAAGCAAGAGCUUGAGUUUGGUGGUUCAACCUUGUCACCUGUUGUGUACUGUCAGCUCUUGGCUGUUUAUCUAUUGCAAAAUGAUUUGUGCAAUGCAAAGUUUUUGUGGAAGCGUAUCCCACUGCCAGUGAAGCAGAGCUGUGCAGAAUUAAGCCUGAUAUGGGUUGUAGCACAAAAAAUGUGGCAGAAAGACUAUGUGGGAACUUAUGAGGCAUUACAAAAAGAAUGGUCAGAGGAUGUUAAAAGCAUAAUGUUGGCUGUAGAAGAAUCGAUGCGAAAUCGUGCAUUAAGACUUGUUCGAUUAGCAUAUUCUUCUAUAAAUGCUGAUGAAUUUGCCACAUUUGUUGGGAUGCCAGUAGACAGAGCUGUUCAAGCUGCUGUUGAAGAAGGAUGGGAAAUGGAUUCCAACAACAGGAUAAUCACACCCAAGAAACUAGAGCCUCCCCCUGCCCCACCCAUACUCAAUGAACAACACCUCUCAGUCUUAACACAGUAUGUAACGUUCAUGGAGAACUGACACAUCGGAGAUUUUGUUUGUGUGCAGCUAUCUACUCAUUGGUUAAUGUGUAUGGUUUAUCGACCUUCAUCAAGGGAUGUUACAUCUCAUUGAACACUAAACAAUGAGAAAAUGUGCUUGUAAAAUUAACUAGGAAACCAUUUCCACCAUGUGUACAGCAUUGUAUUUUUUCCAUUAAAGUUUUGAAAGUUG